GUUUCACGAAGCAGAGUCCUUGCAUUGGCAGGCUGAUGAUGACACGUGCCUCCUCUUUACCACCCCCAGGCUCAAGCGUACCGCAUUGGCAUCGGUAACGAACAAGGAAAACCAACUGUGGAAGCGCUGCUGCAACCGUUAUUAUCAAUAAACCAACUAAAUAUUAGAAAUUGCAACGCGCAAUUUAGAGUAAUCCCCUGCGUAAUAAAUUGUUUUCCUUCAGAAAAAUCGUGUAUCCAGAUCGGACGUUUUCGUCGAGCUAAAGAAGAGAGUGCGUUAUUAACAAGAUGCAGAGACGGAGCGCCGACGUCUGAAGGUGACAUGAACCUGGGGAUGAUCAAGAAGUGGAGAUAGCAACUGUACAACCAUCAGGGCUUUAUCAAACCACUGUUUGUACCAUAGCCUCGUUUUAUUAAUGUAAAGAAACAUAUCUGCAAACUAAAGUUGUUGACUAUUUAUUGUAUUUGAAUUAGAAAAAAACGUCACCGACUAGGUAAACCAGACAGAGGAAGCAACAAUGGCACAUUUAAUUCGAAGCAAGUUUCAAAAUAAACUGUCAAAUGCGGCAACUUCCAUGUCGAAUAAAUCCACUGCGAAGGUGAGCGGGAUGAUGGCCAGGAUGGGCUUCCAGGCCGCCACAGACGAGGAGGGACUGGGCUUCGCCGCAUGCGAUGAUUUGGAUUACGACCACCGGCAAGGACUGCAGAUGGACAUCAUGAAAUCGGAUGAAAUGGGUGGUGGAGACGCUGGAGAAGGGAGUGGAGAGGGUGGCAUGGCUGGAGGAGAAGACGGAAUGGCGACUGGGGACAGCCACUACCAGAGAGAUGGCACCGGACCCCCGCCCUCCGGUUCUAAAGCCUCUGGUCUGGGCGAAGAAGAAAAAUCACCAAAAAUCACCGCUUGGGAAGCGGGCUGGAACGUCACCAAUGCAAUCCAGGGGAUGUUCGUUCUGGGUUUACCAUACGCCAUUCUCCACGGGGGCUACCUCGGACUGUUUCUCAUUAUUUUCGCCGCCGUGGUAUGUUGCUACACGGGGAAAAUCCUCAUCGCCUGCCUGUACGAGGAGGACGAAGACGGUCAACUGGUGCGUGUGAGGGACACAUACGUGGACAUAGCCAACGCGUGUUGUCAGCCGAGGUUUCCAUCUUUAGGUGGUCAUAUCGUGAAUGUAGCCCAGAUCAUUGAGCUGGUAAUGACGUGUAUCCUGUACGUUGUUGUGAGCGGUAACCUGAUGUACAACAGCUUUCCCACGCUUCCUAUCUCUCAGAAGUCCUGGGCCAUAGUGGCCACCGCCGCCCUGCUACCCUGCGCCUUCCUCAAGAACCUCAAAUCCGUCUCAAAAUUCAGCUUGCUGUGCACUAUCGCGCACUUCGUCAUCAACAUCCUGGUAAUUGCCUACUGCCUCUCCAGAGCGCGUGACUGGGCCUGGGACAAAGUCAAAUUCUACAUCGAUGUAAAGAAGUUUCCGAUUUCUAUUGGAAUCAUUGUGUUCAGUUACACCUCUCAGAUUUUCCUUCCGUCGCUCGAGGGGAACAUGCAGAAGCCCAGCGAGUUCCAUUGCAUGAUGAACUGGACCCACAUCGCCGCGUGUGUCCUCAAAGGCCUGUUCGCCCUCGUGGCCUACCUGACUUGGGCGGAUGCCACCAAGGAGGUCAUCACAGACAACCUGCCCUCAACCAUCAGGGCUGUCGUAAACCUCUUCUUAGUGUCCAAAGCCUUACUGUCAUACCCAUUACCAUUCUUCGCUGCAGUGGAGGUUUUGGAGAAAUCAUUUUUUAAUGAACAAGAACGCACGUGGUUCCCAAAUUGCUACGGGGGCGAUGGACGCCUGAAAGCGUGGGGUCUCACUCUCAGAUGCAGCCUUGUGGUGUUCACGUUGCUCAUGGCCAUUUAUGUACCGCAUUUUGCCCUUCUCAUGGGUCUAACCGGCAGCAUGACGGGCGCGGGGCUGUGCUUUCUGCUCCCCAGCCUCUUCCACCUCAAGCUGCUAUGGAGAAAGCUGCUAUGGCACCACGUAUUCUUUGAUGUCGCUAUAUUUGUAAUAGGAGGCAUAUGCGCUAUCUCCGGUUUCAUCCACUCAAUGGAGGGACUCAUAGAAGCUUAUAAAUAUGGCAUAGAAGAUUAGCGAAGCAACAGUCUGCUGGAUAUAGAUGUUACUGCACAUCCAUCUUAAAGUGAAUAACUGAAAUCACCACUGAGCGCAGUCAGCCCAUGCUUACACAAUUCAUGCGAAAUAAAUGCGCGCACAGAAUGCAGUGCACGCACACAUUUUCGCGUGCUCAUUACACCCUUGCAUUGACACACACACGCGUGCGCGCGCGGAGAGUGAGAGACACAAAAGUCACAAAACAUGACACACGAUAUGGACAAUUGAACUUGUAAUGUAUAGCCUAAAUAUGACUAAAUGAAUAUCCACAUGUUUCAGUGGAGUGAAGGUUUACAAUAGUUCAAUCGACCUAAACAAAAUUGCUAAAUGAGCAAUGCCUCAUUUCAUCUCUCUAUGGAGGUCUCGUGCCACCUGGAGAGCCAUUUCAUUUGACAUUCAAGUUUACAUUCUUAAAAAAAAAAGCUUCUGGAGAGAACCAAAAAGGGUUCUAUGCUUGCUUCAUGUAUGGCACAACUUAAGGUUCUAUAUAGAACCAACGUUGGUCUAGAACCCUAUAUGGAACCCAAGGGUUCUAUAUUGAAAAACGUUUGGUUCCGUGGAGAAUAACCCCUGGGGGUUCUGAUCAAAGAACCCUGCAAAAUGGUGCUAUAUAGAACCUUUCGGGGUGCCAAACAAUAAACCCCUUGUUGGUUCUUUCCAGAAGCGUUUAUUAUAGGAGUGCGUGUGGUUGUGGACUUUGACAAUUCAACGGCAUAAUGUGACUAAAUGGUACAAACGAAGCUGUACGUUUUGAUAUGU